GCUUUGAACUCAUUCUUCAUUAUGUCACAAAUCUCCACUUGGCUUCUUGAGAUGUAAUAUUCAUAUCAGGAUGACAGCCUUGCUCAUGAUGCUUACCUAAUAAUGUAUUCUUGUGUAUUGUCAUUGGGUUAUCAGUGCACAAGGUAUAACUUAUUGAUUGCAACAGUUUGAAGUAUUUUAUUCUGUAUGAUGAUCAUUGUCAACUUCGCCUAGGUGACAUAUAUUGAUAAAUUUGAAAUGAUCACCCACUACUUGGCCUGCUUUAGCCCACCACCAAGAAACAAAGGCAGAAAGAGAGAAAUAGGCAGAAAAGAGGAAGAGAGAGAUGAAAGGAAACUCUCCCUUCAUAGUUCUCAUCACCAUCACCAUCACCAUAUUUGGCUUGUCAGCCAUAGUGAAUUCACAAACAGAUUCCUGCAGCUCAACUCUAAACCUCCAGAGUGUCACUCUGCCCUUUGAUGCAGCUUCCCUUCACUGCCGUGCUGUUUGGGACGCUCAUAGUUACAUCCUCAGAUACUCAGAGACCACACCAGGAACAUGGACCUUUGUUCUCUCAGCACCUGCAGCAGAUUCCUACAUAGCAAUGGGGUUCUCAAGCAAUGGCCAGAUGGUUGGCUCCAGUGCCAUUGUGGGGUGGAUGUCCCCAACAGAAGGAGGAGUAAUUAGGCGUUACUACUUACGUGGGACUUCACCAAGCCUUGUGGAGCUUGACAAAGGGAACCUAGUUCUUACCAAUUACUCCUUCAUCACAACUCAGUCUGCUACAGUAUACAUGGGGUUCCAGUUGGUGACUGACCAACCACAAACCAAGCUCAUAUACUCAGUUGGCCCAACUGGGUUGCUUCCUGUAGCACCUAACUACAGGUUGACCGAGCACUUUGACAAGGUCGCCACCUCCAUAAAUUACAUUACAGGUCAAACUACAUCGAGCACUGGGAGUCCAUAUACGAGAUUAAGAAGGAGCCAUGGAGUACUGAAUAUUCUUGGAUGGGGCAUUCUGAUGAUAAUUGGAGUAAUAGUUGCUCGUCACUUAAAGUCCUAUGAACCUCUUUGGUUUUACCUUCAUAUUGGCAUCCAAUCAUUCGCAUUUGUUUUCGGAAUAAUAGGUGUCAUUUGUGGAUUUGUCUUAGACAAUAAGAUUAGUGCUGAUGUCUCCACCCACAAAGCUCUUGGUAUCUUCAUUCUUGUGCUUGGAUGUCUGCAGGUGAUGGCAUUUUUGGCUCGACCAGAUAAGGUGUCGAAAGCACGAAAAUACUGGAAUUGGUACCAUCAAAGCGUGGGAAGGCUUCUGAUUAUUCUUGCAGUAGCAAAUAUAUUCUACGGGAUCCAUUUGGGAGAAGAAGGAAAGGGAUGGAAUGCUGGAUAUGGAGUCGCUCUGGCUAUCUUGGUUGUUACUGCUGUUUUUCUCGAGUUAAAAUUGUGGUUUAGAAAAUAACUGUUGUGUUCUUGUGCUGUACUCACUCUUUUGUUUUGACAUUAUUUGAAAACUAGCAUCCUUAUUCUUUCAUCCACAUGAACAGGGAAUCCAUUGUCUACCAAAUAAAUUUU